AUGCCCCUUCCACGCGUCUUUCUCGACGUCCGUAUUGGCACAACCGGUGGUGGCCGCAUCAUAAUCCAACUCUUCACAGACCGUGUGCCCAAGACAUGCGAGAACUUCCGCUCCCUCUGUACCUCCGAAAAUCCCUCUCAACUCACCUACCGCAACUCCAUCUUCCACCGUAUCAUCGAAACCUUCAUGGUUCAAGGCGGUGACAUCACAAAAGGCGACGGAACGGGCGGUGCAUCGAUCUAUAACGACGGAGGUGUCUUCGAGGAUGAGGAUUUGGGGUGGAGAGAGAUUGAUGAGGAGGGGUUGGUGUGUAUGGCGAACCGAGGAAAGGAUACGAAUAAUUCGCAGUUUUUCAUCACGUUGGGCUCGGCGGAGCAUUUGAAUGGGAAGCAUGUUGUGUUUGGGAAGGUCGUUAAGGGGAUGGAGGUUGUGAGGGAGAUGGAGGAGGUUGAGGUUGAUGAUGAUGAUAGACCGGUUGAGGAGGUGAAAAUUAUUCAUUGCGGAGAACUG